AUGUCGUGGCUCUUCGGUUCUUCAAAUGAUCGUUUGCGCAAUGCGCCAGCCCUACAAUUUGCACUGAAAAUCAUCAAAUGCACUUUCUUACCAUUGUCGCUUAUAGAUAAGAGCACUGCUGCCCCUGAGCAAGCGCCCACUCAACCCGCUCAAUCCGAGAAGCCCAAGCCCUGCUGCGUCUGCAAGCCCGAAAAGACUACUCGCGACGACUGCAUGCUGUUCUCCAAGUCCGAUAACCCCGAGGAGGAGUGCAAACCCACCAUCGAGAAGUACAAGGCGUGCAUGGCUGGAUUCGGCUUCAAGGUCUAA